AUGAUGGACAUCAACCCUGCAUUCACACCCGCAAACAACAACAACACUAAUGCCAGGUUGCCAAAGGUUCUUAUAGCCGGAGCAGGUGUUGGGGGUCUCACUCUGGGUGCCAUAUUACAAAAGUCGGACAUACCCUACGAGAUCUUUGAGCGAGCCCCCGAGAUAAAGCCACUUGGUUCUGGGCUGAUUCUGUCAGCAAACGUCGCGCCUCUGUUCAAACAACUCGGAAUCUAUGACGACCUUGUUGCUGAGGGAAAACCCAACAAUGAGUUCCAAGUGUUUAACGAGCAGCGCCAACUCCAGUACACAAUGGAGUUCCGCGACCAAACCGAGCAGUUCGGCGCGCAGAAUCAUUAUUAUAGUCGUCCAGCAUUCUAUGACUUUCUUUUCCGACAAGUCCCCAAGGAUCGUGUCCAUCUCGGAAAAAAAAUCAUCUCGACACAACAGGACAAGGAUGGCGUGCUUAUCAGAUGCAGCGACGGGACAGAGUACAAGGGAGACAUACUUGUCGGCGCCGAUGGCGCCUACAGUGCUGUCAGGCAAAGUCUGUACAAGGAACUGAAGGAAACCAACAGGUUGCCAGAUACGGACGCAUUGCCCCUGCCAUUCAGCACUGUUCGAGUUGGAGGACUGACUCGGCCUCUGGAUGUUACCGAGUUCCCAGAUCUUGCCAAGGAGACUUGCCAGUUCAUUCAAGUUGUUGGUGAUGGCAAGCCCUACUCGUGGGUAACGCAAACCACAAUUCAGGGCAGAAUCUCGUUUGGCGUGGUCCGCUACCUGGGCGAAGAACUUAGCAAAGACGAUAACACAUUUCUUAAUGAGGAAUGGGGACCCGAGGCAGCGGAAGCAAUGUGCGAUGAAGUCCGUGAUUUCCCAGUUGUGAGCGGAGGCGACAAGGUCUUGACGAUUGGAGAUCUGAUCGACUUGACGCCCAAGGAAUAUAUCUCCAAGGUUAUGCUGGAGGAGAAGGUCUUCCAGACUUGGUUUGGUGGACGGACUGUUCUCCUUGGUGAUGCUUGCCACAAGUUCAGUCCGGCAGGAGGAGCUGGAGCAUCGAACGCGAUCCAUGAUGCAGUCGUCCUGGCGAACUACAUACACGCUCUUCCCAACAACGCGACUGCUGAGGAUAUCGAAAAGUCAUUUCAAGCGUACCAGGAUGAGCGCAUGCCAUGGGUCCUAGAUGCAUUUGGUAACAGCAAGAUCUUCAAAACCAUGACCACCAGGACGAUUGCAGGUGCGUUGCUACGCGCAUUUACGAGAAACAUGCCAGAAUGGCUGCAACGCAAGAACGCUAUCCGGAUGACCAUCAACAGACCUCAACUCUACUGGUUACCGCAGAUCGAGGAUACUGGUUCUGUCAAGGCCGCACCGCAGCCCAGUUUGAGUCUCCGGACCUCCAGCUAA